UAUUUCAGGAGAUGGCAUUAUCAAACAAGGAGCUGGAUCAAAUCCUACACAUCAUCAGUAGUGAGACGUCCCUCAGUAGCAACCUUGAUGCCAUCGCUCUCUCAUUUCACAAGGACUUCAACAGAUCAGAACAUUUCAAAGUAGGAAUGGCAUUAAUUACACUUUUACAGAACAAAGAUUUGCUUGAGCGUCCAGCUGAGAGAAUUGCUGCAUUGUAUCUUCUCUUUGAAAUGUAUCGAUCUGAAUCUUUUAGCGUUAAUCCAUUUGCGCCUUUGUUUCACAGUUUAGUCCAAGAGGCCAAUAAUAACUCCAAUACAAAAGUUUCACCUGAAGUAUAUUUCAUCAGUCUUAUUACUUCGCCCUCUGCCAGGGAUAUUUUUAAAAUGAAUCCAAAUCAGAUUAUCAUAGCUGCUCAAGAAUGUACAACCAAACCAGAUUUUAGGCACUUACGAUUCACCUCUGCACUGAACGGAAAAUGUAACGCUAAGAUAACAUCAGGAACAUCAGCCAUUAUACCUGAUAGUGAGAGUGAAGAUAAGAGUGCCACUGAGCUAAAAGAUGUUGUUUCAAGUUUAGUCUCAGGUUCGCAUGCACCAUCCCUGUCCACCUUUGAACCUGCAUUUGUUCGACCACCACCUCCAUUACAUGAGGACUCUAAUGAACUGCUGUGGUUGAAUCCUAACGGCUGUGAGUAUACAUUCGAAUGGGAACCACUUUUUGUCAGCAACAACACUACUGAGAUGGAGAUACGAAAGUUGAUCGGGAAAGCUCUAAAAGGUACACUUCCACAGCUGCAACAGAAUUUCAUCAGAGAAGAGAUUAACAAGAAUCCUAAGAUGAUAUACCACAUAGGUCUAUCUCCCUCUAAACUGCCCUUGCUAGUUGAGAAUAACUGUAAGAUUGCGCUGGAGGUUCUCCUUCACCUGUCCCAGAGCAAUCAACUGACGGAAUACUUUACAGUUUUAGUUAAUAUGGAGCUAUCGGUUCACUCAAUGGAGGUGAUGAACGAACUUCUUGGAAGAGUGGUCCUACCCCCAGAGUACAUCCACCAUUACAUCACCAAGUGUAUUACACAUUGUGAAAACUGCAAGGACAGGCUCAUCCAACAUAGGUUUGUAAGGCUUGUUUGUGUUUUCCUCAGCUCCCUCAUAAGGAACAAUAUCAUUGAUGUCAAGGACCUUUUCAUUGAAGUUCAGGCGUUUUGCAUUGAUUUUAGCAGAAUCCGAGAAGCAGCCGGACUGUUCCGCUUACUCAAACAGAUGGACAAUGGUGGAACUGAAUUAGCAUCUUGAUAUGCUAGCUACUGUAAGCUUACAAGUGCACUGUGCGCAUGAAGCCAAUGUUUUGGAGCUAAUUUUAAAGCCUAACUGUCAUGAUGUUAGUAAUGAGAUGGUAUUUUAAUAUUCGCUCGUUUUUAAAAAAUGCAGAUGAUUGAAGUAUGAUAGUCUAACUACCUCAUUCUUCGAACUUCCAACGAGACUAUCUGAAUGCACUCAUUUUUCCAGAGAGCUAAUUUAUGGGAAACUAUCAAUCUCUGGAAACCAAAUAAUUGAGCACCACUCAAAGCCAUAAAACGGUAAAACUGCUGCAGUUUUACCGUUUUAAACUGCAUGACAAAAAUAAAUGACAGUGUUUUAUGUCACACAAGCAGAUGAUUAUUCGAUCACAAUUUUUAACAAUUACAAUUGUAGUAAAAUCCAAAUUCACUUGAAUCAAUAUAGCAGUUACAGUAGCUAAAGCAAUGGGAAUUUUAAGAAUAAUAAUAUACCAAUACAGAUAGAAUAAUAAGUUGAUGAAUAAAUUCCUCGACUAAAUUUCUUUGAAUGUUCCUGCAUGGAUUCAGGUUUAGGUUGUUAGGACAAUAAAUUCUAUUAUCACGAAAAUUGAGUGACUUUAUACCGAACAUAAAUUUUCAAAAAAAAAGUUGAUCAGGGAACAACCGUGCCAUAAACUCGAUAAUUCCAAUAUAUUCUAGAUAGUAUCUAAUUCGUCAGUUCAACUAUGUACUAUGUCGCAUUUUGCACUUAAUAUAAACCUUGUUUUUACAGUGGACUAUUUUUAGGGGUAUUGGUUUUCUUGUUUCUUUACAUUAAUUAGUUUCUUGGUUGAUUAGUUGAUCAGUUAUCUCUGCUUUUCAGUCUUAUAUCUUUUAAUGGGUUGUCGUCCUAUUACAAUAACAACUCUCCAACUUUUAAAGCCUACUUUCUUUUUUUUUUAUUUUCUUCAUCAGUUUAUUCGUCAAAUAGAGAAGAUAGAGAGAUAAUAUCUCUAAGAUAAGGAAACGAUACAAUUUGCGGUUUAAAUGUAUAGCACUACAUUUUCCAUUCAAAGAUCACAAUUGAAAGUUGUAACCUGAAAUUAUAUGUAGCAACUAAUCAAGUUUUCUUGAAAAAUUCCCUGCCUUGAAAAAUGGAAAAUUUUAUCAAAAUGUCUUUAAUCCUUUCUGUCCAUGAAUCUUGAUAUAAUUAUAAUGCCAUUUCACGAGAUCAAAAAAGAAGCAGACCUACUUAAUAGAAUCGGCAUCCCAUUUAGCAUUCUUCUAAAUUAUUUGUACUAUUUAUGUAAAUAUUUGUUUUAAGAAAGCU